AUGGUUUACGCGUCCAUCGACGUGCUCGUCAUGGACGCCCUACGCCACCUGCAGAUCGUGGACAGGAACAGCACGCUGAGGCUGUACACCUCGUGGAUCUAUCACUACAAGAGGUGGGCGGCAAAGAUGUUGAUGCAAAUUCGCAGCAAGCUUCCGCAGGAGCACAUGCUUAAGCACAUCGAUGAGAUGGGGCACUACAUCCGGGUCAACAAGAAGAAAAACAGGGACCAAGAGGCCGAUGUCCCCCGGGCGUACGUGUGGCUGCACGGCCCUAGGGUCACCAAGUCCCGGCUUCGCGCAUACGUGAAGUACAUGGUUCAGGAGUUGAAGCUCGAUGCCGAUUCCAGCAAGGAGGGCAACAACGCCAUACGAACACAGUCUGUGCAAUCUACAAUGGUGCACACGCUCCUCAGGCGCAUAAAGGCAUGCCAGAUGGCGGCGAGAGUGGAGGCGACGCUAUACCGGGAGACGGAGCUGAGCAUCAUGCGUGAGAUAUCGGUGGUCAGGUCGGAGGUGCGGUUCAUGAUCCGCACCAAGAACGAGUGGGACAUCAAGAACUGCGCCGAUCGGUGUCGCGGAACCAUUGGCGAUACCUACACCGCCGAACAGUUCCACCAGAUCAUGAUCAGGGUGCUGCCGAUGUGGGCAGCCAAGGCGUGGAACCCGUGGGGUACGGGCCCUUCGCAGACGCUAUGGAGGUUUCUGCUGUUGAAGGUGCUCACGCUACUUUCCCACCACUCUCUCCAGCGCGUUGCAAGCAUCCGCGAGAUCACGCUCCCCGACAUAUUCUUGUACCGACUGGCGAGCACCUCGUCGGUGAACCCGGAGAACCAGCCAGUCCUCAUGGUCAUCGCUGCGUGGAACUCGAAGACGUCCAAGGAUGCGCGUCUGCAGCAGAGCUACGCUGCGCGACACCUCGAAGCGGAGUUGUGCGCCGUCGGCGAGACAGGCCUGUGGUUGCACUUCAUCCUCGACCAGAUCGGCCAAGGGGCCCAGGAGCUGGCCAUCGACGGCACGCCGGGCGCCGAGAUCGCGGAGCUGGGUCACUGGGCGCUCGACAAGAUGACGCGAGCGUACAUCACCGCCAUUCCGGUGGGGGUGGUGAUGAAGAAGGCCGGUUACUCUGGUUACAAGCAGGACUACUUCUUGGGUCGGAGCAGGGUGCCGCCCUCGGAGAAGCUCCUGAAGCUCCUUGCCGAGCACAGCUUCCCCGGCGUCGACAAGCGUCGGGACCCGACCCAAAUUCAGGCAGAGGAAAUCUCCGUCCGCUUGGACACCGAGUACUACAACAUGUCCCUCAAGGCGAAGCUGACGAAGGAGAUGGAGCGCGCCACGAACGAGAAGAUUGAAUUCCAGGAGGAGCUCAAGAAGCGCGACGACACCAUCGCGUCGCUCACCGCCGAGAUAACCCGUCUCACCGAGGCACUCCGUGUGUCAGAAGCACGGAGAGUGCCGGAGGCCCCGCCGUCGGCUACCGCGCAAGCUCCAAGCGAGGGUGGCUCGGCGGAUUCGGCCAACACGGGAGCGGGAGCCGACAGAGGGGACGAGAAACCCCCGCCACCCUCACAGACGGACUAG